CAAUAGCAAAACAAUGGUUGUGAACGUUGCAUAUAUGGUGGCUUCCGUGGCCAAAACUGCGAAGAAAACAUCGACGACUGUCCAGGCCAUCAUUGUCAAAAUGGCGGCACCUGUAUAGAUGGCAUCAACUCGUACAGCUGCGAAUGCCCUUCCACAUACACUGGACAGUUUUGCGAACAGGAUGUUGACGAGUGCUCUGUGAGGCCUUCUGUAUGUCAAAAUGGCGCGACUUGCACGAACAGCGUGGGCGGAUUCUCGUGUAUUUGCGUUAACGGUUGGACAGGGCCGGACUGUUCGGUGAACAUCGACGAUUGCGCGGGCGCAGCCUGCUUCAAUGGUGCAACCUGCAUUGACCGAGUUGGGAGUUUUUAUUGUCGGUGUACGCCGGGGAAGACUGGUCUACUGUGUCAUCUUGAUGACGCGUGUACUUCGAACCCCUGCCAUGCUGACGCUAUCUGUGAUACAAGUCCCAUCAACGGUUCCUAUACGUGUAGCUGCGCAUCUGGAUACAAGGGUCUGGACUGCUCCGAAGACAUCAACGAGUGCGAACAAGGUAAGCAACCACAUCUUCUAACAAAACUGGAUU